CCCACUAAUACGUUUAAAAAUUGGCAGAGCAUGGUGGCAUGUGCUUUGGGUGGGAGUUUGUACCGUAGGAGAAGCUGUCGUACAUUCUUGAAGCAGAACAUCGUGCGGAGAACAUUCAGAGGAUUGGAACCAUGGGUUAAGAAAAUGGGUACAAAUUCAGAGCUGCGUUCUUCUUCCCUCAAAAUAAGAAGAAAACACUUCCUCAACACCAUAUUUUGGCACCUCAGGAUCAACCUGGGAAAGAACAGAACAAAACAGAGCACAAGCAUUAUCAAUUUAUUUGCUGAAGUAUUGCAGGCCUGCAGCUAUCUGCACGACUCCAACGAGCCACACCAAGCUUACAACAGGUUUGCACACCUGUAAAGCUCCCUCUUCCUCUUUCCCUCCCUCCAUUUUUUUUUUCUUACAAGUUUCAUGUUAACAUCAAUUUCUACAUCAAUGAAAUAGGAAUAGCUAGAUUUUGAACAACUAUUUAUAUAUAUAUAUGUAGAGUUGUCAAUAACUAUUAUAUACAUUUUAUAAAUACUUUGUACAUAUUUUGUAUAAAUACUUUUUACAUAUUUAUUUACACAAUGGUUACAACACAUUUAAUUCCUCAUUGUAACACAUACGCUUAUCAUCAAGUUGACAUUCCCGGGA